UGGUUAAUCGCCGGAACUUGUGGAUCGGCCAAUCACAGGCUCCACCAUUCAACUUACAAAUCGCCGCUCAGCCUUUGUCGAUUACAGAGGUUGAUACAUACGUGCCGUUAUUGCGAUUCAAUCUUGUUAUCCAUAAUUGUCCUCCUGCACCAAAUAGCCUCAAGCUUCAGACCUGCUUCCAACAUCUUCAAGAUAUCUUCAGAAAUGAUUUCUGCCACUAAGUUAGCAGGUAGUUUAUCGAGGAGCUUUCCAUGCCAAUCCAGCCUAAAUAUCAGGCAUAGCUACAUGCGAGUAGCUGCUUUCCAUACCAGUGGCAGCAAGACUAUAUUGCCUCCUCUGCCCCCUUUACUUAUUAUUCUAGCAAACGAUGCCGCGCCUGUACCCAACCCCGAACCGAAUCACGGCUCUUAUCAUUGGACAUUUGAACGGCUUGUUUCUGCUGGCCUCGUUCCUCUCACUCUAGCACCAUUUGCAGCUGGAUCUCUUAAUCCUACCCUUGACGCCGUUCUAUGUGCAACGAUUCUCAUACAUUCACAUAUUGGCUUCGAGUCAGUUCUGACUGAUUACAUUCCUAAGAAACGUCUUCCAAAAACGAGAGCGGUAUCUUGGUGGGCAUUGAGGGCUGCGACAGUAGCUGUUGGUGUGGGCCUUUACGAAUUCGAAACUAAUGACGUAGGUGUUACGGAGGCAAUAAAGAGAAUAUGGAGAGCAUAA